CACGUACGGCCACUUUUUAGUCUCUCCUCUCCCCAGGCUGCUAUCGCUCACGACCAGCGGUCGGCUAUGGACUUCUCCGACGGCUGGCGGUCCUUCGGGCCCAUCGCUGCUGUCUUCGCCGCCCCAACCCUUCUCUCCGGCGCUUCCUCCAAGCCUCUCGGCCCCCUCCUUUUCUUUCCCUCUUCUCCCCCUCUCCUCCUCCUCUCCUCCCGCUCCCUCGCCCUCCAAAUCCCUCCCCCUCUUCCCCCCUCCGCCCUCCUCGACGGCGUCCGCUCCUUCUUCUGCCGCACCUCCACCGCCGGCUUCCUCCCCUCUGCUGCCCAGGACUCCCUCGUCGCCGACCUCCUCGCCUCCCCGUCCGGCGGCGGCUGCGGCGGUGGCGACGACGAUCCCGUCCCCUCCAACAACCUCCACGUUCUCCGCUGCCGCGACGGCUCCUCCAUGAUUCUCUUCUUCCCAACCGGAAAAAACGCCGACUUGAUUGGUUAUGUAGGUCUCUCCUUUAAAGGACCGACGCCGGAGAUUAGGGUGGAUCGAGAUGGGGAUGUCUUCAGGCAGAAGGAAGGGUUCAAACAUCCCUGCCAUCGGAUCUUGAAGAUUUCGGUGGCGGCUGCGCCAUCAUCGUCCUGGUCUUCGCCGACUAAUUCAGCAUCGGUAGGUAAGCCCCGUAUCGAGGGUUUCUUGAUUGCCACCACUUUGUACUCCGUGAAUUGGUUUAGGGUUGAAACUAGGGCUUCGGAUUCUGGUCGAGAGAGGCCAUUCUUGGUUCCUUUGGCGAAGCAAGGGUUUAAGAGUUCAGUGGUGCAUGCUUGUUGGAGCCCUCAUAUCUCAGAGGAGAGCGUUGCUUUGUUGGAAAGUGGUGAUCUUUGUUGUUUUAAUCUUAAUUCUAAGCGUGGCCGCAUGGUUAGGGUUAUAUUAGGUGGCGAUGAUCCAGGGAAGUGGUUGAGCUGUGAGUAUGGUGGGCAGCCUGAGAUUUUGAUUGUUGCUUGUUCUACUGCUGUUGUCAUGGUUGAUCUGAGGUCCAAGAAAGACACUAAACACAAAGUGUUGGUUAGAAUUGAUAUGCUUGGUUCCUACCAUGUCGCUCCUUUAUUGGAAAAGAAUGACAGAAUCCUUGCUUUUUGCCUGGCUGGAUUCAAUGAUUUCCAUAUAUCAAUAGUGACUGAACGCCAGUUGUUUCUUUUUGAUGCACGGCAGCCAUUGUUUCCCAUCUUGACAUGGGAUCACAGUCUUGAACGCCCUUCUUAUGUUGCAAUGUUCAAAUUGUCAGAAUUGAGGCCAUCUGAGGAUGAGUAUAAGUGGGCCUCAGACUCGGGAUAUGUCAUCUUGGCAGGUUCAUUAUGGAGCAAUGAGUUUAGUUUGUUCUGCUAUGGGCCCAAGGAUGAAGGAACUCUUAGUAAUUCUUCGCUUUAUGCUUGGGAUCUUCCUUCAUAUUUUUCUUUGUCAGGUAGGUCAUUUAGCUCCGGUGACAGCAUUGUAAAAGAAGUAUUUUAUAAGGAGAAUGUUUCUAAAAGUUCUGAAUGGCGAUGGAGGAAGAAUGUGGUUGUGGGUUUUUACAUUGUUCCGAGUGAUGUCUUGAAUAUAAAACCAAAAUCUGCAGGCGUUUCUUUAAUCAGGCUUACAUUGUCUGGUAGAUUGGAGAUGCAAAGAUACCAUUCGUCGUUCAACUUAUCUAGUGAAAAGUCUUACAUUAAAGAGGAAGAAUCUUUGGAGCCCAAGAAUUCAUUUAUAUACUGGAACAGUGAGGAUGAUAGAGUAUUUAACAGAUAUGAUUUCUUUAGGUUAUUUUAUCUUUAUGACUACAUGAACAGCAAUCUUUCCAAUGCUUUGGCUGCGCAGAAUUCUCUUUUAAAUCAUAAGGAAACCAACCAAGUUUCCCUUAGUCAUGAUAUGGAGGAACUUAUUAGCAACAUUCUGAAGUUCUCUAAUGUCUCAAUUUCUGAUUUUGUAAGUGAUGCCAGCAUACCAACCAACGUAUUUGAAAUUGCAUCUCGAAGAGUAUUAUCAUGUAUUCGGGCUGAUCAUUUACCUUUGGUCUUUAAAAAAUACUCAGAUUUAUUUGAAAAUCAGCAUGAAUCCUCCUUUGAAUUCUUAGAAGUUCCCAGCUGUUUGCCUCACAAUAGGUUGCUACCUUUUUUUGUGGGGAAACCUUCAAUAAGAAGUGAGAAGUGGUCAAGCAAAGCAUCACCUGGGGUGAGUCUUGUUGGUCCAGUGCUACCCCUUUCAGUCCUUCUUGCACUUCAACAGAUUGACAGGAAGAUAAAUGACUCAUCUGAUGCAAUAGAUGAGCAAGAUGAUGACCUAUUGAACCUUCAAUGCAGAUCAGUUCUUGAACAUGUCUGUCCUGAAAUGUUCAUUGUUGAUAUCGGCAAUUGCAAUGGAUGGGGAACUUCACAAGAGCAAGAGAAGCCUUUUUUUGUAUAUGAACCUGCAGAAGUUGGUAAUAAAUCAACUUGCAAUACUGCUACACAUGCCAUAAAAGAAGAGCCGGCACAAAUGGGUCACAUGAUACGAAACUGCAAGCUGCCUUAUAAAGUUGAAAAAUUUGACAUAUUCAUUUGUGGAAUUGCAGAAAAGAAAUGCAAUCCAGAUUCUGAACAUGGUUCAUCUGGUCUUGAAAUGCUUGAUCAAAGCCCCAUAAGGUUGGAUUUUGACCCAUUCAACAUGGUGUUUCAGUCAGCUGAGCAGAAAAUUUACAAGUGCUUGAAGAGACAGGUGUCAAAAUGGAAGGAAAAUUACAGACCAUAUCAAGAUUUCUGUUCUUCAUCCAAAGUUCCCAAUUUAGCUCAGUGAUCUCUUCUUGUUUUGUUGGAAACUUAGCUGGGAUGACACAUGACAAUAUAUUGUUGCUUAUAUCACAAGUUUCUUCUCAGAAGGAAUGCCAAAAUGGACAGUCAUUUCAGUCACUAGGUGUUGCAGAUAUGGAUCUUUGGCAGGAUUUGAUGAAUUGCACCAAUUAUUUACCAUAACCAUAUCCUCCAAUCUUUUUCCAACAAUUUGGGAUUUGCUUUAUGGAUCCUCAUUUGCCAAGUAUUCCAUCAAUUUCUUGAUAAAGGUAUUAUGUUGUUAUGCUAC